UUGAUUUCUUGACUAAGGCCCAAACACAUUUCCAACCUUCCAUACCCUAGCAAAUACAUUUCUCUCUUUAUCUUUAGCUUAACCUCUAACUCCAAAGUCUCCAACCCUUCGCUAAACAUUAGGGGGCUAAAAAAAAAACACACAACUUAUCCUUAGAAUUAUUGCUUUUACAAAUGUUUCCUAAUUUGCAUCGAAGCGAAGAGCUCUGCUUCCAGAUUUCACCUAAUCCCCAAAAAAAGAAUAGAAACUCCUCAGAAGAUCAGAUUCUUGACCAUGCUUCACUGGAAGAUAAUGCUUUCUACUUUAAUAAUUAUAAGGAGAUCAUCACAAGCAGCCAAUGCCCCAAAUCUUUGCCUAACUGUUGCACUUUGGUGAAUCACAAUAGUACUACUGUUACUCAUAAUUCUAGUGACAACAAGAGCAAGAAGAUGAGGAAGCAUAGAGACAUUGAAAUGCAAAGAAGGCAAGAAAUGGCUGCCCGUCAUGCCUCUCUUAGAUCCCUACUCCCGCUUGAAUUAAUCAAGGGAAAGCGUUCUAUCUCCGAUCACAUCCACGAGGGUGCAAGGUAUAUAAAACAACUCCAGUUGAAGAUUAAAGAACUUGAUGCCAAGAGAGAAAACUUAAAGAAGUACUAUUACUUGUCUGAUUCGAGAAGCAUUAUUGGACCGAGCACUUAUCAUGAUCACCACGGUCACGGUGGAGCUGGCAGCUCAAGCAGCUCUACUCCGCUGUCGCAAGAUCACUUGUUAAGAGUCCAACCUUGUGGUGGUGGAUUGGAAAUUGUGAUCAGUAGUACUGGCGACUUCGGAGGGGCCAGUGUGUUGCCCCUCUCAAAGAUUUUGCAAGUGAUUCUUCAAGAAGGCCUUUGCUUAAUUAGCUGUAUUUCCACCAAAGUUAAUGGAAGAUUGCUUCACACUAUCAAGUCCGAGGCUAAUUAUUAUUGUGUAGAAUCAGAAUGCAGCGACUAUCUUUCAGCGCUUGAACAAAAACUAAAGAAGUUGAUCAUUGAUGAUGAUGAUGAUCCAUGA